UACAUUAUCGAACACAAUAUGGAAAAUCCAGAACAAAUUACAAUUUUGACUAGAUCUUCAUCUCUAAAUGUUGAGAUCAACAGUCAAUCAGACAAUCCACCAACAUACAAAGAGGCUGUUGCUAAUACUUCUUCAAGAAUAGAUACAGGUUAA